CGUAUUCUCCCCCCCCCCCCCCCCCCAUUUGAGCAAGUUAUGCUCAUUUAAAACCAACCAACAUUAGCCUUACAUGGCUGUCUCCAAGUGCCUCUUGCUUGCAGCUUUACUCUACUAUGGCAUUGCCUCAUCAUCCCAUUUUAUUUUUCUGCAUUUUCAUCAUCUUUGCAUCAGGUGCAACAAAGCAUGCGAAUGCGAAAAAUUUUACUCUCGUGAAUCAGUGCAAAGACACGAUAUGGCCAGCGAUAAUCACAGACGGAAGCAACUUCCAUGGCGAAGGAUUUACGUUGAAACCAGGAGAAACCGCCUUCUACGAUGCCCCGAACGGUUGGAGUGGUCGUAUAUGGGGUCGAACAGGUUGCAGUUUCGAUAAAAACGGAAAUGGAACAUGCCAGACAGGCAACUGUGGCACUUCUGUUAAUUGUACAAGCUCCGGUAGUCUCCCUGUUACCAUUGCUGAAUUCACACUUGGCGAUAUCGAUUACUACGAUGUUAGCCUCGUGGAUGGCUUUAAUUUGCCUAUCGUGAUUAAGCCUGGUGGUGGUAAAGGAAACUGCAGCAUAGCUGGGUGUGACGGAGACUUGAGGCAAAAUUGUUCAUCGGAUCUCGUUUUUAAGAAAGAAGGGAAGGUUGCCGGUUGCAGAAGUGCCUGCGAUGCCUUCAAUACUGAUGAAUAUUGUUGCCGUGGGGCGUACAAAGAUCCAGUUGCUUGUUUGCCUUCGAAUUAUUCCAAGAGUUUCAAACAAGUUUGCCCUGCAGCAUCUAGCUAUGCUUAUGAUGACCGUAUUAGUAUCAUAACUUGCUCUGCAUCAGAUUACAUGUUGGCAUUUUGUGCAACAAGGUAAAGUAAUAUCAUAGUUUCAAAUGUAUAUGUAUGUAUGUAUGUAUGUAUGUAUAGUAUAGCAUUGAGAAAUGGGUAUUUGCUGGUUUCAGGAACAAUACAAUAUGCAGCUUUCAGGAUGAGAAGCUUGUUUGCAGUGUUACAUCAGAGGGCUUUAAAGCAUUCUCUCAAACAUGGAGGAUUGUGAUGCUGGCAUUGCCGUUCGCUUCCAUUUUACAAAUUUUCUUUUAGAUGAUUCCGGUCAAAGUUGUUUUGAUUUGUAUCAUUUUGAAAUCUAAAUUCAUGUUAUGCUGUUUAUUUCUGUGUGUAAUGAGAAGAAUCG